GAGGACUCCAUUGGAGGUUGAGGAUAGAAUACCAGGAAAGAGGCACAUGGGAACCUGGGUGGAUAGAUGGAUGGAAGGGGAGAGGUGUGCUGAAGGAGGAGUGGCAGAGCAGAUGGGAGGGCAGGGAUGUGCAGAAGGCAGAGGAGACCGGAGGGCCGGGUGAUGAUUGUGGAGGAGGCAGUGGUCAGAGUGAGGCCUGGAAAGUUUCUCCGAGUAGUUGAGGUUGUAGUUUCGAGUUUCAUGUGUCCUACAGCCACGCUUAGGCUCUGUUGGUUUUGUUGCAGUAGGUGGUCUAGCCACAGUGUUACUUUUUUAAAAAUAAUUUUGAUACAAAAUUAUUUGGUACAAUAUUUCUAUUCCACACACAUUACUGUCAUGAUGUCAGUAUUGGCCUUUUUCCCUUUUCUCUCUCCGUUUUCUCUGAUGACAGUUCUAGUGUUUAUCUUGUAUUCUCCAAGAGCCAUGAGAGGGAAUAAAAUUGCAGUUUCUCUCAUAUGUAUGAUAUUCUCUCAAUAUCAUAUUUAAAAUAUACGUGUUUAUGAUUGGUAUGUCAGAGGGUGUUAUUUUUCCUUUCUGAAAAUCUGUAUCCUAAAAGCAUCAUUGCAUUAGUACUCCCUUGUAUGUGGAUAUUAAAUGUCUACUCCUACUACAGUUUCACAUGUCACAAAGCUGGGUUUCUUUCCAAGGGAUAUUUGAUUUUUAUUGCAGUUGCAGAUUGUUGAGUGGUUUCUUUUUUUUCCCUUUCCCCCCACCCCUAUGUCAGCUACAUCCUAGGCAGACUUAGGCUUCUUGCAGCUCCUGGUACUUGCCAGCCUGCAGAAGUGAACACUGCAGCUGCAGCGUGCUUCCAGGGUGCUUUGCUCUUGGAGACUCGGGCUUUUGAGCAGGUAAUGGAGAGAAAUGGAUCCUGCCCUGAGCAAAUCGCAAUCUCACGAAAGAGAACUAAAUGGAAGACAAGGAAGCAUCAACAAGCCUUUGUCUGGUUUUCUGUGUAAAUAAGUGUAAAGAAAAAAAAACCCACCUCAUUCUUUCAGGACUGAGCUGAGAAAUCUGAAGACUAAAAGCAUCUCUGUAGCACUAAGAACAAUAUGCUUAUUACUGUAUAUUUAAAAUAAUAUAUACUAUUCUUUAGAACAAUUCUAAAAAGCAAGAUUCUGAUUAAGAAAUACACAUUCUUUGUCCUAAGAACUCCAUUCUUUGGAAUUCAGAGGGGAGUUCAAAAGGUGGAAAAGUAUUCAGGCCAAAAUUCUGACCUCAUGAGUCAGGGUUAUAAACACGUGUGUGAGUCCUUUAAACCUGCAAUUAUUCAUGGAAAGUUUAUCUGGGUUGCAGAUUGGCUGGACUGGGAAUGUAGCAGCAGCAAACCGAGCCUUUGUGGAGCUGACUAUGGGUUGUCAGGGCUCCUGAACUGCAGCAUGGGGUGGAGCAUGGGUGUGCUGUAUCCAGGGCCAGGGUGCAGGAGCAGUUUAACUGCCUUUAUUGGCACAGAGCCUGACCUAGUAAACACUUUGAACCUGAGCUGGCUCUGUACAGACCCAUAUUGAGAAUCUUUGGUGGCAUGUUUGCUCUACCAGAAGUGCUUACACGUGAUACACAGAAAAGCAAGUGUCUUCACAAAGGACCAGAGGGAUUAUUGACUUGCACUGAGUUCCCCUUUGUUGACUUCUGGACAGGCCCUGCGGAUUCCUUCAGGCCAUUCCAGAUGUUCAGCUGUCUAGUCAGCAGUACUGCGGAACUGCUAUGACGUGAGAGCAUAUGUCCAGCAAUCUCUGGGAACUGUGGAACAUUUCUGUUUUGCUUGGGUAAAAUUUUGAUCAGAGAAAGGCACAUGUCCAGAAAAAUCCAGAGGUUUAUAUCUGGGUCAAUGUCAGGGACCCCAGCCAUCCUGAGUCAGAGAACAAGGAAAAGGAACUGAUGCUCUUUUUGUGUGAUUUAUGAGUGAAAAUGAACCUGGCAGAGAUUUGUGAUAAUGCCAAAAAAGGAAGAGAAUAUGCGCUUCUUGGGAAUUAUGACUCUUCUAUGGUAUAUUACCAGGGUGUCAUCCAGCAAAUCCAAAGACAUUGCCAGUCGAUCAGAGAUCCAGCAAUUAAGGGCAAAUGGCAACAGGUCCGACAAGAGUUAGUUGAAGAAUAUGAACAAGUUAAGGGCAUUGUCAGCACCUUAGAGAGUUUUAAAAUGGACAGACCUCCAGACAUCUCUGUAUCCUGUCAAGAUGAGCCUUUUAGAGAUCCAGCUGUUUGGCCUCCUCCUGUUCCAGCUGAACACAGGGCUCCACCUCAGAUAAAACGUCCCAACCGAGAAGGAAAGUCUUUGAGGAAAGACUCCCCAGGACUGCAGCCACGUGGGCCCGCAGGCAGAGCACAUGUGGUAUCCAAAGGUGAGAAGUCUGCAGGCAGCCGUGAAAGGGAAUCCAGAGCUAGAGGAAGAGAUGACAAGGGAAAGAAAAUACCACAGGAAUUUGGUGAUGGGGAAAUUCCAAAAUUUGAUGGAGCAGGCUAUGACAAAGACCUGAUCGAAGCUCUUGAAAGAGACAUUGUAUCAAGGAAUCCAAGCAUUCAUUGGGAUGACAUAGCAGAUUUGGAAGAAGCCAAGAAAUUGUUAAGAGAAGCUGUUGUUCUUCCAAUGUGGAUGCCUGAUUUCUUCAAAGGGAUCAGAAGACCUUGGAAGGGUGUUCUGAUGGUUGGUCCUCCUGGCACUGGCAAAACAAUGCUAGCAAAAGCUGUUGCUACAGAAUGUGGAACGACAUUCUUCAAUGUGUCUUCCUCUACACUGACGUCUAAAUACAGAGGCGAGUCUGAGAAGCUGGUCCGCCUCUUGUUUGAAAUGGCACGGUUUUAUGCUCCAACAACAAUCUUCAUUGAUGAGAUAGAUUCCAUCUGCAGCCGCAGAGGCACGUCCGACGAACACGAGGCCAGUCGCAGAGUCAAGUCAGAGCUGCUUGUGCAAAUGGAUGGUGUAGGUGGUGCUCUGGAAAAUGAUGACCCUUCCAAGAUGGUUAUGGUAUUAUCUGCUACAAAUUUUCCGUGGGAUAUCGACGAAGCUCUCCGACGGAGACUGGAGAAGAGAAUUUAUAUACCUUUGCCCACCGCAAAAGGUAGAGCAGAACUACUUAAGAUUAAUCUUCGCGAAGUAGAACUGGAUCCUGAUAUCAGCCUUGAAGAAAUUGCUGAGAAGAUUGAAGGCUAUUCUGGUGCUGACAUCACUAAUGUUUGCAGGGAUGCAUCUUUAAUGGCAAUGAGACGACGUAUUAAUGGCUUAACUCCAGAAGAGAUUCGUGCACUUUCUAAAGAGGAGCUUCAGAUGCCGGUAACCAAGGGGGACUUUGAGCUCGCUCUGAAGAAAAUCUCCAAAUCUGUUUCUGCUGCAGACCUGGAGAAGUAUGAAAAAUGGAUGGCGGAGUUUGGAUCUGCUUAAUCUCAGUGACAGUUUUCCUUUGCUGGAGUUUUAUGUCUUUUGUUGUUCUCACUUGCAAAAUGAGUUAGAAAUCUUUUUAAAGGUUUAAUAAAAGGUCUGCCUCUGCUCUCAUCCCAUCCCCUUCUGGUGACAGGAUCUUUUAAACUGUUUGCCUUUAAAGAGAAUGAAUACAAUAAUGAGCUGAUAUUGUAAAAUACAUUUUAUCUCUGAAAUAGUUAAAUAACACAAACAGGAAGGGAAAAAUGAUACUUAUGAGGGCAAUCUUUUGAUUUUUCAAAUGAGGAUUAGUGUUACUUAACUUCCUCAGAGUCAUCUUUCAUGGCUGGAAUCAAUUAAUCACCUGGGGGAUGUGACUCCAGAGAAACAAAAAAGGGCUCGCUGUACACCCUGCUCUUAAGUGCUACAUUGCUGUUGAGCUGCUUCUGCCUCCCUUGAAUGUGGCUUCCAAUGUUACUAUUCUCUCCCUCUGUGCUUGGAUAUUCAGAGCAAAGCCUGUGGAUUAAUUGGCAUUACACAGAGGAAAUGAGGAUCAGUUUUCCAUCAAGGCAUGGGCUUGUCUCUCCUCUCUUGUACACCCAUUUGGAACUGAUGUCACUUCAAACUGUAGUGGUUUUACCUGUGAUGACUUCUGAUGGAAAUGAGAGGAGAAGAAAAAGGCAUUGAUUGCUCUCAGUCUGGUUUAUACUUGAUCUCUGAACAUAGCUUGAAUGUGUUUGACAGUAGACACUUUGAAGUUUGACCAGUGGGCACUUUGACUUAGGUUAUAACUUGCACUUCCAUGCUUGUAUAUUAUCCUAUGCUUUGUCUGUGUUAUCUAAAUGUGAAUGUUAUUGUUUUAAUACUAAGAGUUUAAUACAGUAAAGACACUAAUUUCAAGACUGUAUUUAAAACUCAAGACUAUCCUUAAAACACGUGGCUGUGAACUUCCACUUCUGAUUAGAUAUGAACUCUUUCCUAGCUUUACUAGGCAAUGGAACUUGUACCUAUUUAUGUUGUAGAACUGCUCAUGCUUUAUUUUUUUUAAUGAAGAUUUCUUAAAAAUGUAUAAAUAUUAAUGAUUCGGUAAUAUUUAGAAACUAAUCUGUACGAUUUCAUUUAUGUUCUUAACUGUUUUUUCCCUUCCCUCAAACAAGUGCAGGGAUUAGAAGGGUUGAGUUAUAAAUUCUAGCAUAAGAAAUUGUCUCUGGAGUCCUGUCACACUGACUUAUAAGAGCUUUUCACAGACUCAGACUGCAAGUCUGACAUAUGAGGGUUUCCUGUGGUAGGAAUGUGAAGGGGUGGUCAAAUGAUCGAAAUUUACAGAGGAAUAUGCAAGCUCUCAAAUUUUUGGUGAAUUUGUGAGCUAGGCCUGAAGCAUCUUGGUGGAUGUAUACUGCCAUGCAGUUUGGUAGGUAUUCUUCCCUUCAGCUCUCUGCUGAGACUCCUCGUGGCAUGGACAGAUGAGACGAACUGGAGUAAGAAACAGCAGCUCCUCUUGAAUGGGAGUAUAUCCUUAUUUGCGCCUUUUUACUAGUUCUUGGAAGUUCCCAAUAAUAUCAUACACUCAGCACACUGGUCUCUUGGGUGAUGACAUGUAGACCACUAAGGCAAAAACCUUAGAUUAUGUACUUGCCUAUUUUUCUCAGGGAAGUGGUAGAAUCACUAUCCCUGAAAGUGUUUAAAAAAUGUGUAGAUGUGGCAUUUGGGGACGUGGUUCAGUGGUGAGCAUGUCAGUGCUGGGUUAACGGUCGGACUCCAAUGAUCUUAAAGGUCUUUUCCAACCUUUAUGAUUCUGUGAUUCCUCCCAAGGAAUAACUGGACCUUUAUAGAGAAAAAGCUUCGAAAGCAUUGAUAUGGUCUGUCAUUUCUUCCUUACAGAAGCUGUAGACUGAAGCAGUUAUUCUUUGUUUGUUUGUUGUACUGCAGUAGAAAUUAGUAAAGCUACGCACAUCUUUUGUGGCCAAAGCCAGAUUAGCACUACAGGGUCUCUCACUAGAGAGGCCAUUGCUGGCCAAGGAGCCUAGUCCGCACAAUCAAGAUGUGGAAGGGAAUAGAUAUGAAUGCCAGUAACCAACCCCAUUCAGCUGCCCAAGAGCAGUGCUGGGAUUCAGCAGUUGCUGCUUAGUAGGGUCUAAAUACAAGUUUGCUCAGUUUCACGUUGGAAGCAGCAGUGACCUUCCUGCUCAUGAAAGCACAACCCUUGGGAAAAAUGUUGGUCUUUAGCUCUUUGAUGAACCUUCUACCUUAAGGCAUUAAACUUCCCUCUUGACUGUUAAGCAAAAUUCACUGUACUGGGCAUUCCCUUUAGUAGGAAUUAUUCAGGUGCUGCAGUCUUUUUCUCUAAAGGUGAUGGUUUCUACCCCAGAUAUGUUUUUACUGAACAGGUCCAUUCAUCUUUUACAGCUGCAGAACAGAAAAUUGGAAUUUUUCAGGCAGUAGAUGUUUAUGAUGGUUGUGCCCCAGCAUUACACCUGUGACUUGGGCAGGGCUAGAUCGGGUACCCCAGAAGAGCAAGACCAUCCUUUCUCUGCUGAGACCUUCCAGGAUAGGGAUCUGGCCCUGUGUGCUGACCCUUACAUCUUUACCAAGUCAUGCUGGCACACUCACCUAGGUGGGCUGGGGGACUGGGUUAUUAUCUCGAGGGGAGCCAGCAGUGGGGUACAGCAAGGAGCAAUCUGAGAAGGGCAGUCAAUGGUGGCAGCAGCUUAAGGCCCGAAGGAUGAGCUUUUGGUUCAGAGUAAGUCCAGUUCAUGUCCCAUUGGUGGAAACCCUUGUGUAAGGAUGUUGGAUUCCUCAGAGGGCAAUGUACGAGCAUAUCACAGCCUGCUGCAACAAUGUGUUCAGUCUGCAUCUGUGUGUGGAGACCAUGCGCACACGUGUGGAUGCAUAUAUAUUUAUAUAUAUACACACACACAGUGAGUGGUGCUUCAGUAGUUGUACCCAAAUUGCAUAAAAAACCAUGUUUUAAAGCUGUGUUUACAUGUUUUCUAAACAUCUGCGAAGGCCCUCUUGGGUGGCACUGUAAUUUUUGUACAAUAUGCAAUCUGCUUGUAUGAAGUAAUAAAUGUACGUGCAGAGUCUGUC